GCGGAAUUGCAGUGAACGGAACCCUUAUGAAUGAGUGUCUGAGCACUAAUGUUGAUGUCGUUAAUUAUUCCUCUAUUCUAGAUUAGCAAAUUUAGAUGUUCGCUCGUUCUCCCUUGGUGCAACGCGAUCCAUACAACAUGGAGCAACCUCCAGACGAGCAGUCUGGUCCAGCAAGGCCAGUCCUGGUAGUGCCUGCAGGUAGCGUCCCACAGCCGCCGACUACUGGACUACGUGGCACUCACAGGACUCGGAGAAGGAUGCGAUAUCAGCGGGAAGACCGAGCAAAUAGGAUCAUGGAAAACGAGUCCGUACCUGGAGGUACCUCAAAAGUGGAACCUUUGCUUUUGCACGAAGACAGAGGAGCAGGGGAGUCAGCAAGAAGGGGAAGUAGUAGAGACGGCUCAUCUGCUUCAGCCAGCACGCAUGAACUACUGUGUGUUGAUAUCUCCAAGAACAAGGACAUCAACGAGAUGGACACAGAUGCUCGAAGAAAACGAAGGGGAUCCUCUUCACCUGGUUCAACAGGUGCAGGAGCAAUGAAAUUUAGAGAAGGAGAGCAUUCUGCGCCGCUUGAGAAUCCAACAGCGUUAGUCUCUACCUCUGAAGUAGAGCAAGAUGAUGAAUCUAAAACUAGUGGACGUCCGGAUGAAAACAGUUACUGGCAUCGAUUUUCACAGCAGAAACUACGAGCAUGGCAGCCGUUGAUAACACCAGUGGGAGUUUUGCAGCUUUUCUACGCUACAGCGUUCAUUCUUUAUGAAUAAAUGUGAAAUUUGUGUUCAUUGACUCAAUCUCAACAUCCAUUAACUCCAAUAAAUCCAAGAAAGGACGAAAAACAUCUUCCCCGCUUCAUUCCCCCUUCGUCGUCGGCAUCGUCAUUAUUGCGACAGUAUCCGACGUCGUUAGAGUUGCCGUUGAUUACAGCGGUAUCGAUGCGCAGAGGAUACCGACGAAACUCUUGUUAAGGCUCAGCUUUCAAUGGUCACCAUUGAGAUUGGGGUCACUGAGAUCGAAGAAGCGACCUCCCCUUGAGAGUAGAACAGCGGAAAUAAAUGAAGGGAAAGGGGAGAGCUUCGAGGGGGGUCGCUUCCGUUCAGCAUCAGUGGCCGUUGAAUGCUGAGCUUUAAUCUUGGUUUCCAGUGGCAACGAGUUCCUCGAAGGCGAUCCACUGGAUGUAGAGGUCAAAUCCGUCCACCGCUUCGAGUCAGAUUCGACUUCGCUCACUGGCGGAUUGAAAGUUUACGAUCACCGGACGCAAACCACCAAGACCGAAAGCCAGGUACCGCAGAGUGAGAGGGAUACUUUGCUGCCGAAGAAAGCUAAAUUCCAAACGACGGUUUUCCAAAUAGAGUUGACAUUCAAGAGGGAGAUUCAGUUAUGGCUCAAGAUCUUCUAGAGAUCAGCUAGUAGUUGGAUCUCAAGAUGAAUCAGAUUCAGAUUCUUCAACAUGUUGGUGAUAAGAUCUUCAAUAUGCUCUAUAAUAAUAAUUAAGACCUUCAGGGCAAUUUUAACAUCAGGGAAAUCCGUAAAACUCAGAAGAGACUCAGGGAAGUCGUAGGACAAUUCCGAACCGACUAACGUCAUCAAUAAUUAAGACCUUCAAUUACUUAUAUGGUCUUCUCACCACUUAGAAAGUUUCUAGCACGUCCUCUACCCCCCACUCCACUUCUAAUCGGCGACAAAGACCUCUGGAUCUACUACGGUUUUCGUGGAUUUCAUCAGAAUCUGAGACGCUACGUCCACUCCAGAGACUCCACCCAGCUCUCUGUGUCCACUUACUUCUCGCCCGAGAGUUACCAGGAUGCGAUCGACGCGGGUGACAGCUGCGAAGAGGCAGUCAAGCAGACAGGCGAAGAUGGCUUUACCUACAAUCGGUAUCCAUGUGGUUUGACCGGGAAAGAGAUGAUGAAAGAUUCGGUGUUGCUGGAGGAAAGCGUCAGUGCCCUCGGUUCCCCACCAGUCUGGCGGAAAGUCAAAAUUGACGAUGACGUAGCAUCCAUAGGAUGGAAAGAACCGGAGUUGGAUAGCGGGAAAUUCUUCCAGAUGAAGCCGGAUUACAUACCGUCUGGAGUCCGAGUUCCCGGCACACCUGUUUUGCCUGCCUCCGCGUUGGACGGAAUGAGCGAUCAAGCACAACCAGUGUCGUUUCAGGAAAGGAGUAAGUUAAGAAUGGCAACGGCAAGAAGAGUAAAAACAUGAAUGGUUCUGGUAUUUGGUAACCUGAGUUUGAUCCUAAGGGAAAACAAGAAGAGAACCCUUAGGAUCAAACUCAGGCUAUACCAAAUACCAGAAGCAGAACCAUACAAAACAAAAAAAAGACUACAACUCUGACUGAAGAACCGUUGCUCACUCCCACGCGCACUCUCAACACAGAGCGUCCUCCGUUGUACUGUAAGUUUUUAUUGUGCCCAUGAUCUAUCAUGAUAUUCCCUCUACUCAAUAUUGCACCACAGUCUAAUCCUCAUCUUCGGCUCUACAACGGUCACGCAAGCCCAAGACGCGAUAUAUGAAAGCGAUGGUACUCUGAAGAAUCCCUCGUCAAGUGCGCAUCUUACUGCACUCAAUUCUCCUUCCAAACUAGCCACGUCCUUUGAGGAGGCUACAGACAUGUGGGUCAUCAGGGAGAUGCCACCUGUGUCCUGCGUCCAGAAGCAUGAUCCGGCAACUGGGUAUAAGACCAAUGUAGCACCACUCUACCUCGCGAGAAAGAAGCCGUUUCAUCCUGACAGUAAAUCAAGGCAAUGGGCUUGUGGAGCGUACUACAAACCUGGAGGGAUUACUACGCCGACGACAGCGGCGGAUGGCACAACGAUUUACACUGACGCAAGAUGGGAGCCUCAAGCCGAAGAGGCGGACAAAAGGAAAGGGCCUUUUAGGCCACUGUAUCCGGAUAAGUGUCAAUUUUUAAGGGUUCCCCUAUAAUGAAUGGUCCAUUUGCAGAGAACGAGAAGUCAUCCUAGUAGGAGAGAGGCUUUUCAAGAAAAAAAGUUCCCUGGGAUGAAUCUCAAGAUGGAUAAGGGUGAGCUCUAAGAUUUACCACAGUAGAAGACCCGGAUAUCAAAUCCGAUAUGUGGUUCAAUAGUGCGAAAUACGCGUCAACCUUUCCGACAUCGGAGAGCUUUUUUGUGGGGAAUCAGACGACUGCGUCAUCCUCGACCACCGCUGCAAGUUUAUGGUGAGAUUGAAUUGGCCAUUUGCUUCUAUUCUUCAUAAGUACAUCAAACUAGAAGCGAGUAAGAAUCCGUAGAUCAUACCCCUAGCAUACAACCCUUCGGUAUGAUCCACGUCCGUUCUGAACGUGACGGAAGCACUGACUCCUUAUUCCUUUCAUCCGUGCUCGAACUGAAAUCCUAUCACUCUAAUCAACGGAACGCCCGUCUCACUCGAGUACUUUUACGAAGCGCAGAUGUGCAGUGCCUGGGGACCGGAGUAUGAACUAGUCGAACGCAGACACUGGGGAGUAGAAUCACCGCAUUUCACGAUCUGGUACCAUAUUGCGGCAACGAACGUUUUCACGAAGCUGUGGGGAAAAGUCAACAAGAGCAGACCGGAUUUGGUUAUGUUGAUGAUGGGUUUUCAUUUUGUCUGUGAUGAAUAUGUGAGAAUUUAGUUGGAAAGAAAGAGGUCUAUUUCUGGAUUUUGAAGUAGUCUUGGUCCGUAGAUGAACACGACAUUCUCGCAAGUGAAACGACCAGCAGCACUAGAAACUCUAAACCGGCAUCCACACCCGCCAACCAGACCUCGGCCAUCCCGGCAGGUGCAACAGUUGGACGACAUUUGCGGCUGACCAUCUAUUCUCGCUUCAACGUGGGUAGCGAAAUCACAAAAGAAGUGGUGCUGGGUACUAGCAGUUGGGUAGGCGGUCGAAAUCGACGUCUUGGCUUUUUCUACCUCGCUGCAGCCGGUGUGGUUUUGCUGGCAGCCUUCUACUUCACUCACAUCUACGUGGUGUAUUCGCGAAGGCUAGGAGAUGUGCGUUAUUUAGGUUUCGCGAGAAGCCAUAAGCUGUAGGGCGUGGAGACGGUGCGUUAUUUAGGUUUCGCGCGAAGCCAUAAGCUGUAGGGCGUGGCGACGGUGCGUUAUUUAGGUUUCGCGAGAAGCCAUAACCUGUACGGCGUGGAGACGGCACUUCCUGUACAACAAAGCCUGAGGCCGACGUCUGCGAAACAAUUUGUCUACUUUACUGUAGUUGUAGAGGUGCUUGCAUCUACUUCGUAAUAACUCAGCAUGAUGCUCCUUGCUUUCACCAAAAAUUGAUAUCACAUGUCACGGCUCCACUGACUUUCGUUGUUUUUGCUAUAUUUGUUCGAAUCCUCCGCUUGUACUAGAUGUACUAGGAUGGGCAAAGAAACCCAAUGAUCCGAAACCUAAACCAUGACUGAGCAUUAUUUUUAGAAGCGGAG